GAAAAAAGUUAACAAAUUGAAGGUUUUGUCUCAGUGGGGUCAUCUGCGUCACCCAAAAUUUGAAUUUUUUUCCUCUUUCUUUCUCCCCUCGUUGUUAAAGCUAAUACUAACAGUAUAAUUUUUAAAAAAUGUUUGUUGGACAACGUUCACUUUCCACGAGCCACAACCUUUGUUCUGCUCUGUUUCUUUAUCUAAUCUAAUUGAAAUUCAAAUCUUCUUAAACACCUUUUUCUCUCUUAUUGGGUGCCCCUGUUCUUUCCACUUCUUCAAAUUCUAUCUCACUCUGUUUGUCAUUUACCACCGUUUCUGUAGCCUCUAUGGGUACAUGUUUGAGCAAGAAGAACGGGUCCUCCUCUGCUUCAUCCAAGCCAGUUUCUCAUUCUGAGAACUGUGUCAGUGUCACCUUGUCCAAAUCCACUGAGCCAGAAGUGAGCCUCAAGAAGAAGACACUGCAAGAGAAACAAGACCCAGAAUCACCACUACAACAUGAAGGUGAAGUCAGGAAAGAGGUAUUCAUCAUCAAACACAGGAAGAGCCAUGAUGACAGGGAAAGAACAACAGCCUCCAAAUCCCUACCUUUAAUUGCUCAGUCACCAGCACCACAAAAAGGUGAUGGGGCUUCCACCAAUGAAGAAUCUAUCGCUAAUAUCAAGAUUGCGCCUUCCACUCCGAACAUUGGUGUGGGAGUGAGGACUUCAAGCUGCACUAAAGAGGAGGUGGAUGCAAUUCUGAUCCAGUGUGGGAGGCUCAGCAGAAGUAGCUCUUGUAGGAAGUACUCGGGCUCUAAGAGAAGUUUUGAUUUUGAUAACUGUGACAAUGACACAACUUCUGCUGAGGAUGAACAGAGGAGAGCCAAAGGCAGUGGUAGUGAGGAGAACGAUGUGGCGGCGGAGAGCCGCCGCCACCGCCAGUCCCCGAGGCGUUCUCAGGGAAGGAGAAGAACCCCGAGUAGGGAAAGAGACCAAUCCAGUGGCAAAGAAAGACGAGUGAGUAGAUCUCCUGGUAGAAGAUCAUCUGACACUGCUGCAAAUGCAAGCAACAAAAAUGCAAGUUCUAGGCCUGGGAAAAUGGUGUCCGUUCCUGCCACCGUUUCAUCUUUGGCUAUGGAUAAGAGUAACAACUGUGGUGGAGAAUCUGGCACCAAGAGGGUCACUGUUAAGAGAAAUGUUGGAGAUGUUGGCUCAAGGGGUGCCGCAUCACCACGUGCUCAGUCUCCUGCUAGAGUUAAUGGGAAUGUGGCAAGUGCUAAAGUGUUGAGUGAGAAUCAGCAGCAGCAGCAACCCUCUCUUAGCCGUAAUAACUCCUCAAGGAAAGCAGAACAAUCUCCUUACAGAAGAAACCCUCUUAGUGAUGUUGAUACCAACAUCAAGGUGCAACAAAACAAGCCCAAGAUUGAAGCACAAGUCAUGCAGAAACCAAAUGGCAGAGUUGCACUGGAGAAGGGUGUGCUUGUGAAUUGCAAGACGAAGGAGCACCAUGAGGAAGUGUCUGCAGAAAAUGCUGUUGUGAAGACAACGGUGGUUUCAUCAGGGGUUGACAACCUUAAACCCCAAGGUUUAACGCGAAGCAGAUCUUCUAGAAGAUCUAGAGACCUAGACAUGAAUCCUGAAGCUGUGGUGAAUGUGAAUGCUACACAUUCCUAUGCCUCCCUACUGCUUGAGGACAUCCAGAACUUCCAUCAAAAGAACACACCACAACAACAACCUCAGCAACCUUCUUCUAUAUCUCUCCCAGCUUGUCUAACCAAGGCUUGCUCUAUCCUUGAAGCUGUUGCUGAUCUGAGCUACACCACCAGCUCAAAUAUCUCUGGUGCUUUCCCUGAGGACAGAAAAAGUCCAUCCACUCAACAGUCUAUUAGGAACGAGUACUAUGGAAAGAAAGUGGAAGGGCCUUUUGUGGAAUCUGAGGUAGUUGUUGGUGAUGAUGUGAUGGAACCAAGCUUGCACAAGUAUGUGACAGUGAAGAGGGGUGGUGGGGUAGUUGACAUGGAUGACCAAGAGUCUUCAGGAAGCAACAGCUUCACUGUGAGCAGUAGUGGCCAACAUCACUGGGGGGGCAUUUCUUGCUCUUCAUGGGAACCAAACUCUGCUGACUCAGCAGAUUGCUGGAGUUCAAGAUUGAGCUCAAGAGAGGAGGGACAAUGCAAUUUGUCCUCUGAAGUGAAGAAGAAGAAGAAGAAUUUGAAUAGCAAAAGAAGAGAAUGUGAUCAUGAACACAGCAGUGGCAUUGGACGUGGCAGGAUUGGUUCUGAGAAGGGUGUGUGUGUGUGAUUAUGAUGAUGCAUGAAUUCCAUCUUAGAUACUCAACCAGGUUGACAUUUCUUAUGUUUUGAGUUGCUUACUGGCAACUGUUUUUUCUUGUUUCAUCAAGGCCAAUUCAAGUUGAUCUCUCAUCUUUUCCAUUUUA